UGGCACCAGCCGCGCGGACAGGACAGCUCCGUCGACUUGGGGGAGCUGCAGACGGGCAGAGCGGGCAACUCCCUGGGAGGCAGACGCCGGCGGACGACGGGUGCUGGGAAGCGAGCUGCAGGGGACGGUGAAAGCAGGUCCGCGGCCCGGGCUGACGCCAGGCAGGUAAAAAGAGAAAGAUAGAGAAAGAAAUGAAGAAAAAGACCAGAGGACUGCUCACCUCUGACCUGUGCACCUUUAAUUUUCUUUUGGAUGCCAGACCUUCACGGGGGCCUGUGCUGUUCCAUUGUGCACCCCCUUCUGCACCACCCUUUCUCUCAGAUGUAGAGAGAGAGACAGGAAGAGAGACCCUGUCGCACUGUUUCACUGCUCCACCACUUACAGAGCUUCCUCUGCAUGGUGCUCUCGUGGCGGCCAGGAGCUCAGACCCAGGUCCUUGUCCACUCUCCCUGGAGUCCUUUAUGUAUUCAGAGUACAAGUCUUCUGUCAGGUAUAAAAAAUAGGUCCCUCCUCUGACUGAACUAAAUAACAAUAAUCAAGCAACUCCCUAACAACAAAUCAUGGCAUUACCAUUCCGGAAGGACUUAGAGAAGUACAAGGACCUUGAUGAAGACGAGCUCCUCGGGAAUCUGUCAGAAGUAGAACUAAAACAACUGGAAACAGUUCUGGAUGAUCUUGACCCAGAGAAUGCUCUGUUGCCUGCAGGGUUCCGGCAGAAGAACCAGACGUCAAAGUCUGCCACAGGGCCCUUUGAUAGGGAGCAUCUCCUCUCGUAUCUGGAGAAGGAAGCGCUGGAGCACAAGGACCGGGAAGACUAUGUUCCCUACACUGGGGAAAAAAAAGGCAAAAUAUUCAUCCCUAAACAGAAACCUAUCCAGACUUUUGCAGAAGAAAAAGUGUCUCUUGAUCCAGAAUUAGAAGAAGCUUUGACUAGUGCUUCAGAUACAGAAUUGUGUGACCUUGCAGCCAUUCUUGGGAUGCACAAUUUGAUAACGAACACAGAAUUCUGUAAUAUAGUAGGAAGCAGUAAUGGUGUCGACCAGGAACACUUUUCAAACGUGGUAAAAGGUGAAAAGAUUCUCCCGGUAUUUGAUGAGCCACCAAAUCCAACCAAUGUUGAAGAGAGUUUAAAGAGAAUUAAGGAAAAUGAUGUUCAUCUUGUUGAAGUUAAUUUGAAUAAUAUAAAGAAUAUCCCAAUCCCAACCCUGAAAGAUUUUGCAAAGGCAUUGGAAACCAACACACAUGUGAAAUGUUUCAGUCUUGCAGCCACCCGGAGCAAUGACCCCGUUGCCAUGGCUUUUGCAGAUAUGCUGAGAGUCAACAGACAUUUGAAAAGCCUAAAUGUAGAGUCCAAUUUUAUUACAGGAGUUGGGGUUCUGGCACUAAUUGAUGCUUUGAGAGAUAAUGAAGCCCUGUCAGAGCUCAAGAUUGACAAUCAGAGGCAACAGUUGGGGACAGCUGUAGAACUGGAAAUAGCCAAGAUGCUAGAGGAAAAUACAAAUAUCCUUAAACUUGGAUAUCAGUUUACACAGCAGGGACCCCGGACCAGAGCAGCUAAUGCUGUGACGAAAAACAAUGACUUAGUUCGCAAGAAGCGAGUUGAAGGAGACCACCAGUAGUCUGCCAAGGUGAAAUCUUUGGAAGAUUUUGAAAGGUCACCAAGAACUCGUAUUGGUGGCAUCAAAUGUAAAAUUUUCCUGGGUAGAAGGGAAAAGACUGGAAAUCUUUUUAUUUUUAACUAUAUGGAUUUUUUUUUUUUACCUAGUUUGAGUUCUCACCAAUUUCAAAUUAUAAAAUUAUUGUAGUUGGUGUUUUAUAUUUUAAAACAUUAUUUCUGUUUUCUACUACAAUCACUUUCAUUUUACCGUAAUUUUAUGAUGUAUGAGUCUUGGUUUAAAAAACACAGUGGCAAAAUUUUUUUCUAAAAUCAUUUAUAUAGCAUAAGUGAACAUUUUUCAAACCAAUCUUUUUUUUUAAAUCAAAAAAGGGACACUGAUGAUGGCUGACUUGCUGUUGUUCCUCAUAGGUAUAAAGCACUUCAAAGCUUUCCUGACAUGGAGGUGUUUUUUUGUUGGUUGGUUGGUUGGUUUUUUUUUUUUUUAGCAUACAUGAAUUUGCCCAGGGGCUUGCUCCUUUCAUCAAGAAAGCAGAAUGAGGUAGGGGAGAUGGUAUAAUAGUUAUACAAGAGACUCUCAGGCCUGAGGCUCUUGUGGUCCCAGGGUCAGUCCCCUGCACCAUCAUAAGCCAGAGCUGAGCAGUACUCUGGUUUAAAAAAAAAAAAAAGGUCAAGUUUAAAACAGAUGGCUCCAAAUCUAGUCCUGGGUUUAAGAGAAAGAGAUCUCUAGGGGAGAAAGGAUCUCUGUGCAUCCAAGUCACUAUUUCUAGUGUAUCUCAGCAAUAUCUAGCUUUCUAUUUUUUUCUUCCUCUUUUCUUUUAACAAAGCCAUCAGUAUUGCCACGUUACAUGCUUUGUUUUAAAAAAAACAUUUAAAUUCAUGACAGUUUUUCACUUGAAUAAUGUGGGCAUUAUUUGACAUUUGUAUUAGAAAGUAUCUAAGUAGGAAAGCUAUUUUCUUUCCUGUAAAAAGUAUAUGGACAAUUCUUGGUUUUGAGUGAAAGAACAUGUAAGUUGUUUUUAAGUACAUGAAAUCAAAGAUUUUAAAUAUGAGUUGUUGAGCUCUGAGAAGUGUGUGAAAACGGUAAACAUGCACAGUACAGAAGUACCUCGAAUGCAAAUCAGAAUUGCAUAAAAUAGUAUUCAAUCACCACUAAAAUUGUCCAGCCAGUAAGGAAAACUACUGUUCAUCAUGCUUUGCUUUCUUUUUUUUUUUUUUUUUUUUUUUUUUGCCUCCGGUUAUCACUGGGACUUGGUGCCUGCAUUAUAAAUCCACUGCUCCUGGAGGCCUUCUUUUUUUUUUUUUUUUUUAAUAGCAUAGGACAGAGAAAUUGAGAGUGAAGGGGAAAAUAGAGAUGGGGAGAGAAAGACACCGGCAGACCUGCUUCACUGCUUGUGAAGUUAUACACAUGCCGCGUGCACACGCACGUAGGGAGCCAAGGGCUUGAACCAGGAUUCUUGUGCAGGUCCUUGUGCUUCAUGCUAUGUGUGCUUAACCUGGUGCACUACUGCCCAGCGCCCCCUUGUUCAUUCUUUAUCCUUGUGUAAAAGAAAUUUUUCAUAACAAAAGCUGUCUUCCCAGUGCUCAAAGUAUUUAAAGUGAGCUCUUGAUGCUCAGUAGUAGGAUGACCAACACCUGACAUUGCCAAAGAGAGCAGGAACAAAAGAUUAGGGGGUAGGGACUGAGCUGAGUGUUCCUGAUCUCAAAAAUCAGGCCUGCCUGUCUCUUUCACAGGAGGGCUUCUCUAAAAGGGUAACUUGUUUCAGAGUGGGGAAAGGCUUGUUCAGCACUUUUGACAUUUUGGAAUUUGAAUCCCAAAAUGUCCUCUCUGGUGCUAGAUGAACCUGGCCGUUUCUUGUGUAAAUCCUUUUAAGAGAUGAAAUUUUCCCUCUUAAGAACAAGAAUGUGGGGCCGGGUGGUGGCGCACCUGGUUGAGCGCACAUGUUGCAAUGCGCAAGGAUCCAGGUUCGAGCCCCUGGUCCCCACCCGCAGGAGGAAAGCUUUGCGAGUGGUGAAGCAGGGCUGCAGGUGUCUGUCUCUCUCCCUCUCUGGCUCUCCCUUCCUCUUGAUUUCUGACUGUCUCUAUCCAAUAAAUAGAUAAUUUUAAAUUUCUUUCAAAGAACAAGAAUGUGUUUGUUUUCUGGUUCAGUAUCCAAGGUUGUAAAGGUUUUAAAAGCUAACUUUGCACUAUUUAUGUCUGUCCAGUUACAGGCCACUGAGUUUUCUCUUGGGAUUGGUAGAUGUAUCCCCAUAUACAACUUUGUAAUUGUAGUGGGGAGCAGCAUGGAGCAGGGACAGAGGGCUCCACUCCAGUUUAAUCAAGAAUUCCUUGCUUCACUGUCCUGUCAAUCAAUAAAUUGGUCAAGUAGGGGCCAGGCUUAACAUGCCUGAGACCCAAAAGGUCCCAGGUUGAAUGCCUGGUACCACCAUAUGCCAUUUCUAAGUAAUGCUCUUGUUUCUUUUUUUUUUUUUCUCAUAAAGAUGAAUCUAAAAAAAAAUUUUUUUUAAUUUGAUAUUUUAUUGCUAGUCCCACAAUUUUCUCCCUUUCGUCAAAUCAAGUAGAUGCAUCCUACCAUGAAUUGUCACAUAUUGCUAAUAACAUUUUCACUGGAUAUCAGUGUAAAGAAUCUGAGUGUUUUGCUAGCACUAUUCUAGUUUUCAGCUACAGUAGUUAAUUAAACAAGAUUUCAUAACCAUAAAAGUGCGGAGUUAUCUGAUUGACCACAAAAAAAUCUUUUUGGAAUUAUAAUUGCAGGGCAGGGAAAACAGCAUAACAGUUAUGAAAAAGGACUUUCAUGCUUGAGCCUCCAAAGCCCCAGGUUCAGUUCUGCCCCCCACACCCCCAUCAUCGCCGCUAUAAGCCAGAGCUGAGCAGUGCUUUGGUUAAAAUAAAUAACUUUAAAUAAAACAAUUACUUUGUUAAAAAAAAAAAAAAAAAAGAUUAUGCUCACAAGGGAAGUAACUGGUGUUUACUUGGAUCUUUAAAAAUCUGGCACUCAGCCUUUGGGUAAUUUUCACUGUUUUUGGAUUUUCUCUAAAUUUUGAAAAUAGAAUAAACUUGGGUUUUGAAAUAGUCUUGAUUUGGAAACCAAAGAUUUUCUAAGACAUUAAGUUUUAUAGUCCAUUCAAUUUAAAUUUAUCUGGUUAUUUAAACAAAGAAUACCCCAUUUUUAAAUUACUGGAUUUUUAAGAAAAAACUUUUUAAUUAUCUAUUUUAUAAAAUUUGAUAUUGAUAUUUGAAGUUCUGAUUUUUUACAGUAAGUCUGCAUGAAAUUCUCUAAUUUGAAAACAAAUAUUGUUAGCUAACUGUUGACAUUACUCCAGUGAAUUUUGGUGCCAUAUACUUAUAGCUAAAGUCUAGUAGGAGUUGAAAGCAUUGAUGAAAUAUAUUUAAGAGUGCCUGUCAUUUAAAAGACCAAAUAAACAUUGUGUAUUAAAUGAAUUAUCAAAUUGUUAAAGAUUUAAAGAGAAUUGCUUUGGUUGUUAAGCUGCAGCUUCUUGCUGUCUGAAUGAAUGGCCCACAUGCUUGCUGUGUGCAAUAGAUACACUCUGGAAAAGUUACAUGUAAAUAGAACUUUGUAAGUUGUUUUCCCAUUGACAGUAUCUGGUAUGUUCUCAGUUUAAAGGGGAAUUUCAUGGUAUAAUAAAAAUUUUAAACAAAA